GGUGUCUGUGAGCUGAUGGUCCGAACGACCUGAGGUGGUCGCCAUGCCGUUCCUGAACCAGGUCGCUACGCCUCCGAGAGGCAACAAGUGGUGCCGAAACCCAAGAACCGGAAUCGGAAUUGGGAAUUCACCUGGACGGGUGAACGGCGGCCGGCAUGGCAGGACCAGCCCGGUGGGGAGGACGCUCCCGGACCAGCGAGGAGGAUGGAAGCUCUCGCGAAGUUUUAAUUGUUCCUAGAGUCCUGUAUCACCAAGAAGAAGAAAUGUACCACCUUUUUGAAGAACCUAGCCGGCUCCACAAGAGAGAAGUAAUAACAGGCAUAACCAUCGCAAUGCUGCUCGGCCUUGGAGCCACCGGUGCGGCCACAGGUGUUUCAGCCCUCGUGACCCAACACCAGGGACUUUCUCAGCUGCAGAUGACUAUUGAUGAGGACUUACAAAGAAUUGAAAAAUCCAUCUCCUUUCUAGAGAAAUCUGUCUCCUCUCUCUCAGAAGUCAUCCUGCAGAACAGGCGAGGACUAGACCUCUUGCUCAUGCAACAAGGAGGCCUGUGUGCCGCCUUAAAAGAGGAAUGCUGCUUUUAUGCAGACCACACCGGAGUCGUACGGGACUCAAUGACCGAACUAAGAGAAAGGCUAGCCCAGAGAAAAAGAGAAAGAGAAGCCCAACAAGGAUGA